UACAAAAACAGUAAUAAAGCGACAUCUACAUGAAACCCUCCUGUCAUAUCUGUCAUUCUGUUACGGACAAGAACGAAUAAUGGGCAGAAAAUGGAUAAUUUGACGGGGAUAUUCGCAGCGGAGGAUCGCGGAUCGUGUGAGAUGCCCGUACGGGUGCCCCCGUUGGGACAAUGGGCGGCUGCAUAGGUGUUUCCCGCGGUCGAAGCGGGGCUAUCGAGGACUCCGGGUCUAAUUCCAGGCCAUACACAGGUAGUACUCGAAAAAAUCAUCCUUUAUGUCACGAAACAAUUCGUUGGAAAUCCGAUGUGCCAUUAACGGAAGGUCAACUUCGUAGUAAACGAGACGAAUUUUGGGAUACAGCACCGGCGUUUGACGGUCGCAAAGAAAUUUGGGAUGCACUUAGAGCCGCAGCGGUAGCUGCCGAAUCAAAAGAUUACGAAUUAGCCCAAGCAAUUUUAGAUGGAGCGAGCGUUUCAGUACCGAACGGCUACUUAACAGAAUGUUAUGAUGAAUUAGGUUCAAGAUACCAAGUCCCCAUUUAUUGUCUCUCUUAUCCUAUUAACAUUGUAAAAGAAGAUAAUGGAAGAGAUUCCCCAGCUGAAUGUUCAGAACCGGUCGAAGGUGGUUCAGAAACUGUAUUAAAAUUGAGAUUAUCUCAUAAUUGCAUGGAUGUAAAACUGGCUGUGUACUCGACUGAUACAAUUGGAGUGUGCAAAAAGAAAUUACAAAGUCAGGAAGGAAUUGAAUCGUCGAGACAAAGAUGGUUUUACGGUGGAAAAUUGUUGGGGGAUAAAUUACAUGUGGAAGAAGCGAAAAUUCCUAACGGAUAUGUUGUUCAGGUUAUUGUUAAUAUUGAAGGUUUAAAAAUGGGAUCAUGAAAGCCUUAAUGAACAAAAAAAAUGUAGUUUGGGGUUGUAUUUAAUAAUAAUUAUAAUAAUAAAAGACUAUUCAUAUCAAAAAAAAAAUUGUGAAGUGAUUUUAAUGAUGUGAAUGUGGAAGUGAUUUUUUUUGUAUAAAAAAUUAAAUUCUUCAGCUUGUAAUAUAUAAUUUAACUCGCUUAUCGCAUAAAAGAAUUAGUGUUUAAUAAGAACUGGUUGUGUACUUUUGCUGAUUACUUUAAUUGAGAUAGUUUUUCGAUAUAUCAUUUUUUUGUAAAUAAUCUGUCAAUUAAUUCAUUAUAUUUAAAUUAUUCCCUGGGACGAGGGGUGUGAAAAAUUCAAUUUAUUAAUUAUUAAUUAAUAAAAAUCAUGUCCUGAUGUACCUGAGAACAAUAAUUAAUGAGAAUUAAAAAAAUAUAAAUAAAUAAUGAAAAUAUAAAAAUAAUAAAACGCUUAUUGUAAAUAAAAUAGUUCUUUGGCCGAAAAUUAAGUGGGACAAAUUUGUUGAUUGCCCCGUUUUUGCAAUUUUAACAAAGGCAAUAGGUAUUUUUCAAAAUAAAUAUAAUCGUCCGUCACACUUUGUAAUACACCUACGUUUUUUUUCUCGUCUGUGGUGGGUUUAAAACGUUUUUUUUUUAUGAACGUCGUCGACCGAUGCCUGUGUGUUGAUUUUUAAGACAUGAUUCAAUAAAGAGUUGUUAUAAAU